CAUUUUGCGCAUAACCCAAAUUUGUGGGACAAAGUGGCAGAAUCCAGUCGUUCCCUACACCUUAAUUACAAGAAAAAAUAUGAAAUAACGAUGUAACAAUUGUUUUGAAAGCUUAGUGGAAGAAGGCCAUCUAUCACUAUGACGGAUACGACUCUGCAAAACAUGGAAAUUUACGUGAAAAGUGAGGAGGCCCCGAAAAAGAGUUAUGAUACGCAAAUGACAUCAAGCACCAUUUCCACUAUAUCCAGUUUGGCAUCUCCAGUAGAUUCAGGAGUGCAGUUGCUCGAUAGUGAAAGUGAACUUACAUCUGCUAUGUCCAAUGUUUCUGGUUGUGAAACUGAUACUGCGUCUAGCACAUUUACGGAAGACCAAAAGCAUAUCCAGCAAUUGCAAGAUGAAGCAUUGGCUGCGUCAAGAAUUAAAGAAUCUGAAACUUGGACUGACUUAAAAGCCCAAUGUGCAUCGGGGCAAAAUGGUCAAGGCUGCGCUAAACUUGCGAUGGAAAAAAUGGAAAAACGAGCUGGAAAAGGAAUCGCUAUUAAGCAGUUCACCGAAAGUGAUUUUGUGAAUAAAAAUGUCGUGGAUGAAAAGUUAUUGUCUCGAUCAGUCCCCAAUUAUUUUGACAAAUUCAGCGAAAAAGAAAACAUGCACAAGCAUGGUCGAUUGGAUUCCUGCAAAAGCCUUUCAGAUGAAGUGUUUGAAAUGGAGCACCCAAUAAAAUCCAACACGGAGGUCGAUCUCAUGAAUAUUUCUCUGAACAGUUACGAAUUGCUCGAUUAUACGCUGCAAAAUGCUAACUUGAAAACCGUGGCUGACUCCGAUCCUGUUGAUAUGCACAUAAGCAUGUCGGAGGAAGUAAAUGAAAACCUUAAAGUUGUUUUAGAUGGCAAAGAGGCACCUCCCCCAAUAAUCAAAGAAGUGCCUGUGAUCGAAAAUCCCGAAACUAAAGCCACUGAAGAGCAAAUUGUUUUUAGACGACAGAGGAAGAAAAAAUCGAAAUCCGAUACGCCAAAGAAGCGCGUCUCGUUUCAUGAAGAUAUUUUGAAUAGUACGAAAAUUGACGACAUUCAUAUAAAUCUCGGGUUCAUUACACAUGAGCCUGAUGUUUCACUGAGUUUUUUCCAACGUGGAUUUGUGCGAAAACCCGAUGUGGUCAAAGGACGGUAUAGUUGGGCAGCGGAAGGCGACGCUCCAUAUUACGAAAAACCGGGAUCUAAUCGAGAGAUAAAAUCCGAUAUUUACAUACACCAUCCAAGAAAUUCUUCUAGUUCGUCUAGUUCUACUGGCAGUGCGUCUAGCUCGAUUGAUGAAGAAGACAGCGGCUCUGAUGAAAAUGUUCAGAAGAAAGAGCCAACUCAAAAGCAACCCAAGUCAAGCUGUCUAAAGAAAACCAAACACAAAAAAUACAUUGAUACAAAAAUUGUCCAAGAGGGAGUGGACUUCAAGAAGAAAAAAUCUGAAAGCAAUUUGCUGGAUAGUAACAUUUUUGGCAGCUUGAAAAACAUUUUGAGCUUCUCCACUUCAGUUCCUUUGGCUGAAAGGGGUGUGCCUGAAGGCCAAGAAGAUGUAGUCAUUUACUCGAGCUCACAGAACUUGUCAAGUAGAAGAAAGUCUUUCGAAAACUUCUCCUUUGCCAAUGCAGAAACUAUAGAAGUGGCAGAAGUUAAGCCUGAACCAGUUAGUAAGGUUAAUUUGGCCAAGACCAACUUGAAGCUCACAAAAAGCGAAGGAUUUUACCCAAACUAUCCUAAUCAAGAGAUCCCGGAAAACAUCAUCCUUUGCGACAGCAACGUUUACGAACACAAGGGCAUCAGCUAUUCGUAUGAAUACGACAACUUCCAGAAAAAUUUUGAAAAGCAACAGAAGCCCAAAAGCUCUAUGAUGUAUCAGAGGAUCCUGAAAGAGUUCAACUUUUUCCGCAGGAAGGCCCAGGAAGAGGCUGAAGUAGAGGUUGAUGACUUUGAAAUUAUCAACAACCAAUCCACUCCGACUAAACCCGAAGUUAAGAUUGAGGAAGUUUUCGAAGUGGAGUUGCCAGAAUCGGAUCUAAAAACUUGCAGCACUUCCAGGUCCACAUUGAGCAAAUACGCAUCAUCCAGCAAACUUGACUGGUCGGACAAUGAGACUGUUUCCGAUAUGUCUGAGUGUCGGAAUUCGCGUCAUCUUGACUCGCCGAAGAGAAAAGCACGCCGCAGUAAUCAUUACACUCUUUCACCUUUUAAGGUUCCACUGCAUGAUAGUUCAUCAGAAAUCAGCCUGGAAACCUCCAAGUCCUUACCGAAUCUACGUCCAUCUUCGUCAAAAUCGUCGCUGUUGAACCGAUUCUUGAAAAAUGUCACCUUAAAGAAAUUGAUGGAUUUUAAAGCGGAAGGGAAUUUAAAGCGUACCAGAAGUUACAUUGGGUUGUACCCUAAGGGCGAGAAACUGAAGCCUGCAUCUAAUUGCGAGUUGGACAGCGCGAUUGAACAAGAGCUGAUUUCAGGAAGAGAGAAACAAAAAACUACCGAACCUCCAGACCAAUUGUUAACGAUCAGAUUGAGGAAUCAAAUUUUCCGAAAUAAAUUGGAACAACUAUUAAAGAUCUUUCCGAUUCGCAGUGCAUACACGACGAACGGCGACAGUAAACCGCUUCUACUAGUCCUGACCAAUAGAGCAAUUUAUGUAGUCAGCUCAAAACAAAGCACAGAAUUCAGCACCCAUUUUGUUCUGCCUUACACCGAUUUGAAUGCAAUUUUAAUUGGGCCCAAUUCUCAGACCGUUCAUUUUUCCAACAACGACACGGACAUGCAAUGUAUUUUAACCACGGGUUGCUCAAAGAUAACUAACGACUUAAUCGGGCAAAUAGAAAUCGCCAUGCGGAGAGACGCAAAUAAACCUGCUCUACCAGCUGUAAAGCAUUUGAGCAUGAGAGACAUGACGAAUCUGAGACGGGCCAUUUGCAAGCAAACUACUGUGAAUAAGGAUGAGCAAUAUUACUAUUACAGUAUUGUACAUAUACAAGAUUUUGUCUGUGAAGAAAGUCCGACACCUCUUGGGCCAAGCAAGGAAGGUCCCCUUAUGUUUAAAUCAACCGAUCGCGACUCUAACCGAUGGGAAACCGCCUAUUUUAUCUUGAAGGCCGGAGUACUUUACAUGUUGUCGUCGGUUUCUCAGCGGGUGCCAAUGAGAGUGUUUCCGCUGAUGAAUGGUGCUUGUCAGGGUGCUAGACGAGUAUUCAACAGCCACAGACCCCAUACUUUUCAACUUAUCGUCGAGGGUAAUUCAUUGCUUUUAGCUGCUCCCGAUGAGUAUGUUGCUAGUGAGUGGUUGCAAGAAUUAAUUCAUGCUGCUAGUGGGAUUUACAAUAAUUACAAAGAUAAAAAUGCCACACAAUCCUGUUCACUUUUAAUGACCAGUGAUCAUAUUCUAACUGUUCGAGAAGCAUUCCCUUGCUCAAUCAACUCGUUACUACCCGCAAAAACUAGGCACGAGCCCAUUAAAGGGCCGCAGGCUUUGUCAUGUGCCGCAAUAACAGAUCUGAUUGCUUUCAGGCUGCCUUCUGCCGAACAAAGUUGGUGUGUUUUGGAGUUUUCGUGCAGGGAAGUGCACGAAUACACCGGGGACUGGAUCAUCUACUUUUCCACAAAUUCUGAACUGGAAACGUUUAUUUCAACGUUGGAAAUGCUGUGGCAGUAUGGAAAUGAAAAUGGUGACAGUUUUCCGCUUAGCACCAUUCCAGAGACCGAUCCGCUAAGUAAGAAGUGUAUAGAUACGUACAGAUUGCUGUUUGAUAAUUGGCUCCCGAAUACUGUUCACCUACAGUUUAUGUAAGUGAAUUUAACUUAAUUUGUUUUUCCUGGUUAGUAGGAAUUUUAGUUUGCGAAUGCUUUUCCACCAAAGUUACCUAUAUUUUUGUACCAUUUUAUUCUAAGUAAAUGCUUUAUUUUUACAUCGAUUUUAAUGGGUUGUCGGAAAAUGCAUUCAUAGUUUAGCUAUUUUGGGUGUAACGUUCAGAGUGAGCGGGCGAAAUAACAUUUACAAUUUCGCUUUUUCUCGACAUAUCGUGAUAUUAAAUUUCUGUUAACGUUUUUUUACUCUCUAUUUAUUGAAUGCUUUGCUUCGUUUAAUUCAUAAUCUAGUCAUGAUCGUUUCUUCUAAUAUUUAAGUUCACCAGUACCCGAUAUUGUGAUAGAUAUUGAAUACUUUUGUAAUGGAAUGGAAGAAUACAAUAAAGUAGAAUAAAAUAAGAUAUUCUAAACGCUUAGAUACACAUGUAAACAAUGCACUAUUAUAAUCAAAAUUAUGAUGGUAGUUACGGAAAAUUAUUUAUAUGCAUAUGGGUAUGGUAUACAACAUUCGAGUGGAUAUUUAAUCAUCACAGUCAGUGAGUAAAAAAAUUUCGUCCUUUACAUUUUUAGUGGUUUAUUUUAUUUUAAAUAGUUAAACAUUUUUACUGUCCAGUUGGCUGGUGCCGAUACAAGCUUAAAUGCAUAUGAAUUGUUUUAAAUAACAGUAAUUAUAGUAGAAUUGUAUUUUAAGUUAUUGUAGGCACUAAGCAAACGCGUUAUUUGAUUUAUUUUUUACCGGUUAAUAUCAAUGUUAUUUUUCAAUUCUUUAUUAACUUAAUUUUCCCUCUAAAUUUAAAACGCAACGGGUUUCAAAGUUUUGCUUUUCAUUUUUAGAUUCUGAGCUAAAAAUGAUUAAGUUUGUUUGGACGUUAUAUAUUUGGCAAUUAAUGUAAAAUGCUUCUUGGAAUGCGCUAGAUUAAUGUCUCGUGAUGUUAUAAACACUACAUGCGCUGUAUAUUAUUAUUGUUCGUAGUAUACGUUACGUUAUGUUCAAUUAAACUGGAAUCGACACUCCGAUUCCAAGAGUUAGUCGCUGAGCGAAAUAGUAUCUAUUAUCUAUGCAAUUGCGUAAUCCGAAUAAUCAACCAAAACACUUUUUGAAAUAGUUGACUAUAGAAACUAUAUGAGAUUUAAUAUUGAUAGAAACACGAUGAUUUACUUAAAUACCAUUUGCUAAUGUGGAAAAUAUAGUAGAAUUGUUUAGGCAUCUAAAUUCUGAAUAGAAACUUAUAUAGAACGA